GAACUCACCUUUCCCUAUCCAAAUACCGAUUCCAUUUCCUCCAAUUUUUAUGAGUUUUAUCUUUUCUUCUCUCUCUUCUCUCUGAUGCCAACCUUCAACAGUACGUUACCAGGGUUUCAUGGGAAAAUCCUUACCCUAAGCUUAACCCUAACCCUAAAUUCCCCUUCUCUCCAUCUCUGGCUUUACAGAUUCCGUCGCCUAAGGACUCCUUUUUUCUGAAAGUUCAGACGCCAUGACUGGUUCUUCAGUUUCCCGGCCAGCUUCUGGCCAAGGCCAGAGGAAAUCGGCCUCCUUUCAUGGCCGAAUUCCGGAGAGUUCAGAGGCCUUUCCGGCUAUUCCCAGGCCGGAAUCUCACCCUGACUUGGCAGGUCGCCGGAAAUUGAUAUCUGGAAAGCACCAACACCUAAUUCCUAACUCGCAGGACAAUGUUUCCGGCAGGCUAACCAAGCUGCUCCUGAAUGUUACAGUGCAGAGGAGUCUUGGCCAUGUUCAUGUUGUUAUGUCGCCUGAAAAUACAGUGGACGAUCUCAUAAAGGCCGCCAUUAAUGCUUAUGUUAAAGAAGGGAGGAGGCCUCUUUUGAGCCAGGUCGAUCCAAGCUGUUACGAGCUCCAUUAUUCUCAGUUUAGCCUCGAGAGUCUGGAUAGGGGAGAGAAACUGAUGGGGCUUGGGUCAAGGAACUUCUUCCUCUGUAAUAAGAAGCCACACCCUCCCAAUUCCUCAUGCUCCAAUGAAGCCGAGAAUGCCACAAAAACUCCGUCCGGCCCUUGGUUCAAAUUCUUGGAUUUCUUGCGACCAUGAAUUCAAUUCUUAUUGUUUGUACGUUCUUAAAAAUUUGUGAUUUUAACUAUUUGUUGUGAGUUAUUGUGCAACCACUCCUCCUUAUGAAGGAUCUGUAUUUUUCAUCUCUCUACAUGUUAAGUGAGCAUUAAUAUUCUCAGGUUUACCUGGAAACCCAAAUUAAUGCUUGAAGAUCGAUAUCCAAGAUUCAUAUUAAAAAAAAAAAGUAAUAACACCAUGUGAGCAUUAAUGCUCGUUAUAGCA